AUGGGAUUUACAUCCUAUGUGGGUAGCGGCCCUUACUGCUAUGCCAAUUCCUUUGCAACGGUUCUUGGGGCCAAGGCCCCUUCUACGGCCGUCAUUGAGUUUGCAACAUCGUCUGCUUUUGGCAUGGAGAUUAUCAAUGUUCCGAAAUCCCCUCUCAUCUUCUUCGAUCCAUACGGCUGGGAUCCACUCAGAAGCUUUGAUGAUGCCUUGGAGGCGAUGGGAUGGCGCUGCACUGAAAUCAUCGGCAAGAAUGAGCAAGACGCACUCAGCUCCCUCAAGGCAGCCGUACAAAACGGCCCUGUGUUUGUUGGCCCAGUCGAAAUGGGCCUCUUGAAACAUCAGCCCAACGCCCGCGGUCCUAUUGGUGCGGACCAUUACGUCGUGAUCCUCGGUAUUGACAACGAGACUGUCGAAAUGCACGACCCUCACGGGUACCCAUACGCAACUCUGCCGUUGCAAGAGUUCAUGGCGGCCUGGAAGACGGACUCACUUGGCUAUGGCAAAUCAUACACCAUGAGGACUGAUUUCAAGCAGACCAAAGUCUUGACCGAGGAAGACGUCAUUCGACGCUCUAUUCCCAACGCGCUAAAGCACAUCACCUUGCAAGCUGCGGGAGUCGAUGCGAUGCCGCCGGGUUCGACUGCGAAUGAAGCUGCAACGAAAUGGCUAUGCAACAGAAUUGAAGUUGGACUGCCUCCUGAUAUGCGCGCACACCUGGUCUACUUUGCCGUGCAGGUUGGUGCACGACGAAGCAUUGAUGCUGCGAGCUGUUUGUCGCGGGUCGGCUACGCUGAAUCAGCCACAAUCAUGGAUAAGAUUGCGCGCGCUAUUGGAGCUCUCCAAUACCCCUUGACGCAGAAACAUGACGAAGCUGCGGUCGCUAUUCUUCAGAGACUCGGCCCGAUGUAUGAUGAACUGCGCAGCGCUCUGGAGGCGGAGGUCAAGAAGAAUGCGACUGUUUAG